AUGUUCUCGAGAUCGAGAGCAUGCACCACGGACUCCACAAAACAGAUCGCCACUGACACAGACCCUGUGUGCUGUGCGGUGCUGCAGGUGCACAACGCGAGCAACAUGGUGUUCAUCGGUAUCGGGCUGAGGAGCCCUGUCAGAAACGGGUCAGCUUAUUGCGAGUCGCUGCCCGAGUAUGGGAAUCUGUUGGGGAACGACCUGCUGUGCCCGGCUCUGCUCAUUUACAGGUCGUACGGCAUUCAGUUCACGCAGGCGUCAGUGGUGGGGCGGAUAGACGUGUUCCGCUGCGCGUACACGAAGCUGGACUCGCUCUUUGCCACGGCGCCGUGGGACUUCCAGUACCACCCGGGGGUCAUCCGCAUGGGCAUGAGUGGCAUCGGCGUCAACCUCACCUCCUCUCAAAACAUCAUCUCCAAUAACGAUCUCUUUGGCGCCUGGGAGCUCAUCUAUUUGUAUCGCGGCACCAUCGGCGCCACCGUUCGCAACAACUUCCUCCACGACUACCUCUUCUCAGGCUUCAGGUGCGGGGCGGACGUGCAUUUCGCGUGGGACUGUGCGCUGACGACAGUGAAGCACAACUUUGUCUUCUCCCCGCAGAAGAAGAACCUCACAGGCGACUCUGCAGGCAUCUACUUCUGCACGCACUGGUUCAGCCCUGGCAACAAGGUGAGCUGCAACUAUGUGGUGGGCGGGGACCACUGCUACUACCUGGACUACUGCACGUCAGGAGUGGAGGUUGAGGGGGGCGUGUGCCUGCAGCUGUGGGACGGCGUGAAGCUCAACAACGGCAAGCGCAACCACAUCCGCAGCCUGCUCAUGGUCGGCCUGGGCCAGAGCCCCGGCUACAUCACGUGCUUCACCGUCACUGUGAACCACUGCAGGAAGGACCCCGGGUCGUAUUGGGAGGCCAUGCGGAAGCUGUACUAUGAUACGCCAGAGAUCAACAAGGUGAGGGUUAAUCACCCUGACAAAGCCCUGGGUCCUUAUGGUGGGGUUGGAGCAGAGCCCUGGGUCUAUGGCUCCUCUCCACCCCUCUCCACUCCUCUCAAAUCCUAUACAUCCCUCUGCACCCCUCUCCACUCCUCUCCACUUUUUUCCACCACUUUCCCCCCCUUUCCAACCUUCUCCACUCCCUCCACUCCUAUCCACCCCUCUUCACUCCUAUCCACCCCUCUCCACUCCUAUCCACCCCUCUCCACUCCUAUCCACCCCUCUCCACUCCUAUCCACCCCUCUCCACUCCUAUCCACCCCUCUCCACUCCUAUCCACCCCUCUCCACUCCUAUCCACCCCUCUCCACUCCUAUCCACCCCUCUCCACUCCUAUCCACCCCUCUCCACUCCUAUUUACCCCUCUCCACUCCUAUCCACCCCUCUCCACUCCUAUCCACCCCUCUCCACUCCUAUCCACCCCUCUCCACUCCUAUCCACCCCUCUCCACUCCUAUCCACCCCUCUCCACUCCUAUCCACUCCCUCCACUCCUAUCCACCCCUCUUCACUCCUAUCCACCCCUCUCCACUCCUAUCCACCCCUCUCCACUCCUAUCCACCCCUCUCCACUCCUAUCCACCCCUCUCCACUCCUAUCCACCCCUCUCCACUCCUAUCCACCCCUCUCCACUCCUAUCCACCCCUCUCCACUCCUAUCCACCCCUCUCCACUCCUAUCCACCCCUCUCCACUCCUAUCCACCCCUCUCCACUCCUAUCCACUCCCUCCACUCCUAUCCACCCCUCUUCACUCCUAUCCACCCCUCUCCACUCCUAUCCACCCCUCUCCACUCCUAUCCACCCCUCUCCACUCCUAUCCACCCCUCUCCACUCCUAUCCACCCCUCUCCACUCCUAUCCACCCCUCUCCACUCCUAUCCACCCCUCUCCACUCCUAUCCACCCCUCUCCACUCCUAUCCACCCCUCUCCACUCCUAUCCACCCCUCUCCACUCCUAUCCACCCCUCUCCACUCCUAUCCACCCCUCUCCACUCCUAUCCACCCCUCUCCACUCCUAUCCACCCCUCUCCACUCCUAUCCACCCCUCUCCACUCCUAUCCACCCCUCUCCACUCCUAUCCACCCCUCUCCACUCCUAUCCACCCCUCUCCACUCCUAUCCACCCCUCUCCACUCCUAUCCACCCCUCUCCACUCCUAUCCACCCCUCUCCACUCCUAUCCACCCCUCUCCACUCCUAUCCACCCCUCUCCACUCCUAUCCACCCCUCUCCACUCCUAUCCACCCCUCUCCACUCCUAUCCACCCCUCUCCACUCCUAUCCACCCCUCUCCACUCCUAUCCACCCCUCUCCACUCCUAUCCACCCCUCUCCACUCCUAUCCACCCCUCUCCACUCCUAUCCACCCCUCUCCACUCCUAUCCACCCCUCUCCACUCCUAUCCACCCCUCUCCACUCCUAUCCACCCCUCUCCACUCCUAUCCACCCCUCUCCACUCCUAUCCACCCCUCUCCACUCCUAUCCACCCCUCUCCACUCCUAUCCACCCCUCUCCACUCUCCACUCCUUUCCUCUCCUCCUCUCCAACCCCUCCCUCCCUGCACCCCUCUCUAUUCCUCUCCACCACUUUCCACCCCUUUCCAACAUUCUUCACCCCUCUCCACCCUCUCCCUUGUUCCCCCUACCAGGAAUGGCCGUGGAUGAAGCACGUGUGCCGCCAGACGCGCAUCGGCGCAUACAGCUGCAACCCGCCCGGGCCCGGCGCGCUCACUGCGCACGACACCGGCGCGUGCAGCGGAAUGGCGACGGAAAACGACGUGGAAUACAUCGUUGUCGAUCCGGACUCUCUCAGGGACGCAGAAUAUCGGUACUGCGAAAAAAACCCUGGCGCGGACUAUUUGAACCGUCAGAUCGUCUACAGGUACACCGGCGAGGACAUGAAAUUCGCGGAUUAUGCAAAUCAAGAUUUCGGGGUUUCGGAGAAUUCGAUUGUGUUGGCGGAACACCCCGGUUUUGUUUCCUGCCCGAAGAAAGAUAUCGGGAUAAAGGCGGUUUCGACACAAUCGUACUUCAAGGAUUGGAACAUUCCGGAGCCGCCGUUUUUCCAGGCUAUGCUGGACCUGCCUUACAAGAUGGUGUUUAAUAGCGAGCUCUUUUAG